AUGCAAGAAUAUAAAGAGUAUAUCCCUUGUUCUUAUCAAGACAUUUUAAAUGAUGGGACAACUAUUGGUUUGCAAUUAAUCACUUGUAGACCAAAAAAACAAAAAGAAACAACAUACCCUCAAUAUAAUUGUGUUGGUAGAUUUGAAAAAUUAAGACUACUCUCUCAUUAUUGUAUAUCACACUAUCUUGAUAUUAUUCCUGCAAAACAUAAUGAAACUUAUUUAUUAUGUGAAACAUAUGAAAAAACACUUCCUGAAAUUUUAACAACUUUAGAUGAAAAGAAAGGUAUUAGAUUAUUACAAGACAUUAUUGAAGCAUAUGACUAUCUUCAUCAACAUGACAUUAUUGUUGGAUACCUCAAUACAUCAAAUAUAUAUUAUACAAAGACAAAUAUUGGUAAAUUAGGUAAUUAUGCAUUAUACCAUUUGUCUCAAUCAAAUAAAUAUUUUACCUGUGCAUUUAAAUUUCCAACAAUUGCACCUGAAGUAUUACUAAAUAGAAACCAUUCUUGUUCAGUUGAAAGUGACAUAUAUUCUUUGGGAAUGUUAUAUAUUAUUAUUCAUAUGAAAUUUAUUCCAUCAAAAAAACAAUAUAUUUCAUGGGUUAUGGCAUUGUUUGAACUUUCUAGUCAUUGCAAAGAAUGUAUAAAUUGUCAACAACAUAAUUGUGAAGAGUUUACACAUAGAGUUGAUGAAUUAAAUAAAUUGUAUUUUUGUAAAGAAACUCAUUUAAGUCCAUUUCUUACAUCUUGUGUUUGUCCAAUACCAACAAUAAGACCACUAAUAUCUACAUUAUUAGAAAAUAAACUUUUUAAUAAAAGAAGGCCAAUUAUCCAACCUCAAGACAAAGAACUUCUUGAGCUAUUAAAUUUUAGUUAUAACGCACCUAAAUGUUUUAUGACAAGAAGAGAAGUAUUACAUGAGAUGUGUUAUUUAAAAUUAUUAAAUACUGAUAUUCCAAAGAAGUAUAUUGAAAUUAUGGGAAAAGUAUAUGGAGAAAUGGCUAAAUAUCCUAUUUUCAAUCUUGAACGUUUUGUUUCUAUUGAAAGAGAUGUUUCUGCAGAAGAAGUUCAAAACGAUUUCACAAUCUAUUCUAUUUCUGUUGAAGAUAUUAUUAACCCUUCAAUUAUCAUUGAUAAAGAACUUGAUGGUUAUGUAAAAUCAGAAGGAAAUCAAAUAGAAAAUACUUCUUCAUCAGAAAAACUUCCAUUUUUUGUUAAUAUACUUACUCAACAAUUUAGUACAUGUCCAGUCACAGAUGUAGUUAGAUAUCAUAGAUUAUAUCAUGCUUAUUUUAGAUUCUUAGCUCGAUAUGCAGCAGAGAAUCCUAAUUUAGUUGGAACUAUUGUUCAUAAAGUUGAACGAGUUGCACAAUCAUUUGUUCCUGAAUUUUUAAGACUACCUGUUUGGAUGUUAUUCCUUGGUAUUGAUGUUAAUUUGGCUUAUAAAAGAUACAACGAACGAUCAAAAAGUGUUCCUUUAAUUAUUAGUUCAAACGAUAUUGAUGAAGAUACAAGAGUUAUUGUAGAAGAUGUUAAUAGAGCAUUUAGUACUGUUCCAAUUAUUGCUAAUGAAGUUACUCGUAGUCAAUUAAAGAGAGUAUUAUUUUCCUUUUUACGUUCUGGAGAAGAGUAUUGUCAAGGUAUUCAUAGUGUUUGUGCUGUUUUCCUUUCUUUGUCUUUUAAUGAGGCAAUAUGUAGUGAAUGUUUACAUAGAUUUGAAGCAGAUUUUGUAAGGCAGUAUUCUCCAGAAAAUUUUAGAAUUUACUUCAUUCGUUUAUGUCAAUUACUUUCAUUCCAUGGCCCUAAGGUUGCCCCAACAAUGAGUUCUAGAGUUAUAGAAAAUUCAACUGCAAUUAGGUGGUUCCUCCCUUUAUUGUCUUUAUCAAUGAAAUUGUCAAGUAUUUAUCAGUUAUGGGAUUGGGUUCUUCAAUCCCCUAAAUUUGCUAAAUUUAUGUUCUUCUUAUUAGCAUAUAUUUUAUCUUGUGAACCAAUGAUCCUUGAAUAUAAUGAUCCAUUUGACCUUAUCCUUCAUUUUAACAAAGUUGAAUUUGAUCAAGCAGAUGUUAUUGAACAAUGUACUUCUCAAUUUAACAAUUUAAUUUCAACUUCUCCAAUAAGUUAUACUGAAAAUCAUAUUUCUCCUUCACACCCUUCAAGAUCUAUUCCUUACGCUACUUUAGCAAAUCAAGCAAUUGAUGAAAGUUCAAUGGUAGUUGUACCAUUAUUAGAUCAAAGUGAUUUACAAUUUACUAUGUAUAAUACCUCUUCAUUAUAUGUUGACAUGAGACCAGAAUCUACUUAUCAUACUUUAGCCCCUAAAUCAUUAAGAGUUAUCUUCAAUAAACCAGAAGAUGUUGUUUCAGAAGUUUCUUCUGCUCUACGUGGUUUUGAUGAUGUUUAUCCUGCUUUUGUUGUCUUAAUUAGUGAUUGGGAUGAAACAAAUGAUGUUGAAAUCAGUACAGUUUAUCUUCAAAUGAUGACUGUUGCUGAUUUAUUAGUUAAAAAUGGAUUUUGUCACAUUUGUAUGAGUGCUGUUCCAUUCCAUUCACUCCACCGUCAGUUCUUUACAGAAAAUGAAGUAGUAAAAACAGAACAAGACGACCGUGAUGAGGAUGUUGUUUAA